AUGCCGAAACAGUUCUCUGCUGUAAAGGGCUCUGAUCAUGUUUACUACGGUCAAGUGGUAGAAGCCGAAGGCGAUCAGCUGUCGAUUCUAUCCGACGGACAGCAGCUCACCGCUGAAUGGAAGGCAGUGUCGGUCGUAGCACCGAUUGUAGCCCUUCUAUUGGAACAUAUUCAAUUUGACAGUGAUGAAUGGAGCGCGCGCGAAAUCGAGGCUGUCGAAAAUACUGUUCUAGACCGAGUACUCGGACAAGAUAUCGUGGGCUCUAACCAGAUACCGGAUAUAUUAGAAGGCUUAAUCGCAGAAGCUAACUAUCCCAGUGCAACGAAGGUCUGUAAGUGGACCGACCCUUCAACGGGUCAACAGACCGAGUUUUCGCUGCAACACGCCCUUGACUUUGCGUAUUAUGUCGAUGGAGGAGUGAAACCGGUGCCACCAACUGUGGGGCAGGCGUUUUGCUGCCCGCCACAGUCACAAUCACCGAUUGGUGGUGGUGAUGGUGAGGAAAGAGAAGGAAGUGAACUUUUCGAUCCUUUUAUCGACGACGAUGAUACUCCCCAAGACCAAUCGGAGCCGAUUCGUGAGGGUACGGUUCAAGUCACUACGCGGCCAGAACGACCAAAGCGUUCCCGACAGCCGGUUAGCUCGUCGGAUGAUGGUGUUCAUGAGGCAAAGCGACGUCGCACAGCGGUAGACCAAGAUGCACUCAUUGUCGAGAAACUCAGCGAUGACCCCGAGCUACUGGAGCGGUUUCUAGCUAUUAGACAAGCCAACAGACAGUCUCAAACGGUUCCGAGGACUCAAGUGAGCACGAGUUCUAAGAUGAUUGGGCAGCCGCCUCCGCGGAAAAGAGUGACCGUAGCAUCAAAGUACGCAUUUGCUCCACGAGAUGAUCAACAGGAGGUACAUGAGCGAGUGACAUCAGAAAAGCAUAAAGAGGACGAGAGGAUGUCGUGGCUAGAAAGUGGAGGAUCAAAUUUUGGCAACCUGUCGGCGACGGCAGAGUUCGCUGCAGCUACUCCUGCUUCGCGCAUAGAGGAUGCGCUCAAGUUUGUGGCAGCGGCCGGAAAUCGACCUGAGAAGCAGCAGAAAUGGGUAUGCUCACGCCUUAGUUCGGACGCUACACAAGUGAAUGGUGUGUUGAGUAACGACCGAUUCACUGCGGUGGAUGUGUCCCACAUGACUGCAUCGGACAAGGUAGUAUCAAGUCUGCGCCCAAAGAGGACUGCUAGCGUCAACGCAGUAUCAGAGAACAAGCAAUGCAAAAUUGGUAAAACGAUGGUGUCAGCAAAGAGCAAGGGUGAUAGAAAAAUCAAACACGCAUUGGAGGAAGAAUUACUCGCCGAUGAAGCCCGAAUAUCAAUUACACAUCGUGGAGUGGGAUUUGUCCGCGCAAAACAGCUCGAGAUUUCGCCGUACGAGAUCGACAACGUAGCGCAGGUCGGCAUCGAUGUACAGUGGCGUCAAGGACCGAUGAAGAAUCGUCCACCUCCUAAGAAUCACGGCUCGUGUCGUCGUUAUUUGCGCGCGGUGACCAGGUCAAUUCGCGAAGGCCAAGACUCUGGUCAGUAUAUGGUUGUGGAGGCCGAUAUCCUCGACCGAUGGCCUGAAAUUAUCUGCAGUCCUUUGGGGGCUGUGGUAAAGAAGGGUGUAGAUCCGAACGAGGAAGUUCGCACUAUUCAUUACUUAUCAUUUCCGAAGAACGACUCGUGGAACCCGACGCAGGUGAUAGGUUACAGUUAG